AUGACAGAAGAAAAUGAUAUUGAAAAUUACUUCUUUGAUUCAAUUGAUGCAUAUCAAGCUGAUGGUGGAACAGCACCCAAAGAUCCUGAUAACUUUUACAACCAAGCACAAGCAAAGGAUGCCAGAGAAUUUCAACCUGAUGAUGACUCGUGCUACAAGUAUAUCAGCAAUGGGGUGGAAAGUGACAGAAGAUAUUCAAAUAAUUCGGAGAGAAGGCCGACUUUGUUAAAAGAUGUUAAGAAAAUGACAACAUCUAUUCAAGAUGCUUACAAUGAGUGGGAGAGACGACUGACAAUCCUUAACGAGAGCGGAUUGACUAAUGAGGCGACAGAGGAAACGGAUUAUUCCGAAGGUGGACUCUAUGAUCCAUUUCGCCCGGGACUAUCAAAUAUCGCCAUCGAUAGUGCUUCGUCCUUAUUGCAAUUGGCACCCGCUACAAAGUACCGAGACCUGCUCCAACUCAACUACAUGGGCUCUACCACCCUCAAUGGGCUCACUGCAUCGAGAAGAUAUAAAAAUAACUUGUCAACUAUAGUCCAUGAUGCUGAAAAUACUGAUCUUCUUCUUGUAGCGUGCGUGUCGGAAAUAUUCGUUUAUGGGUUUGAUUCACGUCUUCACCAGCCUAAGGAAAAGGAGACUUUCCGUUUCGAAACGAGACCACCUGGCACCACAAAUGCCGAUGGUAACCUGCUGACUUGGCCAUAUUAUCCACACACAAUUAAUUUCAUGAGAGGGACAGACGAUUGGUUGCAUGGCAGCGCAGUCGGAAUUUGCACAGAUGAUGGCUCGGUUCUUAUUUGGCAUGUUUCAAAAUUGAGACAAGAAUUGAAAAAACGGAGUAACGAGAAUCGAACCUCUUAUCCCAGACUCUAUAAUUUAAGAAUUACCGCAGAUAUUAUUUUGAGAUUGGAGAUGUCUGCUUGGGGUCUAGAUUUUGCAUCUGCCGUGGAUAAUAAGGGAGAGAAACACUUUGUAGCAGUUGCCUCAUCCAACUCGCAGACCGCAACACUCUUCUAUUUCGAUAAAGGAACUGGGGAAAUGUCUUCUGUGGAAACACUUGAGCUCUUACACAACAUUCCAGAGGUUUCCAUUAUUGACUACACCAUUGAACAAGAUAAGCAUGAAUCCACAGUUAGCUGUUCAUCGAUCUCAGGUGAACUAAUUGUUUUUCGAUUUUCCUUUUAUGUUGGAAAUUUUGCGACCGAGAGGUCAGUAGACUCCCCGACAGAAUUAGAAUGGCCAAAAAGGCAGGGUUGUGCAUUGUUUUUCGAGCCACAGAUUCUUCACAGGACAAAUUUGGAUUCCGAAUGUUGGACAACUAAACCGGUUGCAACCAAGUAUUUUAAGCUGGUUCAGUCUUUGAAAGCAAUGACUGGUGAUCCGUUUGUCGAUGACCAAACUGAAAUAUCGCACAUACUCACAGAGUCUGCUAUUCUCAAUUUAUCCCCUGAUCCACUCAAAACAGCUGACCUAGGAGGUGCAAGUCGCUUUCAGUUUUUUGAUUCACCUGUUGUUUGUCUUGCCGGGAGCGGUGACAGCAACUUAUCGGAGAAUAAUACGAGCAAGUUUGGGAGUCGUGAGGAGGAGUAUCAGCGAAUACACCAAGCGUACAAAAGUCUUUGCUCUGGCACUUCAGAUGUGUUGCACAAUACAAUUCUUGCUAUAUCUACAGAUUCAAGAUUGGGUUUAUUUCGGGCAGACACUUUAUUUUGCACAUCUGCAACUAGGAAUGUGUUCACUCUCAAUAUACCUGAAAAUGAGGAAACAAGGUGGUGUAAGAGAAUUCUGAUUACGCAUGUUGUCAAAGAACUCCUGUGCUUCAUUGCCGUCAGCCAGCAAGGAUUGGUGACUAUCAUGAGAUUAUGCGAGCAUCGAGGGUUGUUCGGUAUGCGACAGGAAUAUCUUUUUCCCAAUGCGUUGAGUCUCUCUAUAGCAGAGAGUAAUUUGCGAAGUAUUACUGGUCUAGCUGUCCGGAAUUUAUCUAUUGAAGAUGAAAACCUUAGGUUCUUUCUUUACAUCAUAUAUUCGGACGGCUUGGUUUUAACUUAUGAACUAAAGGAUCACAGAGACUCUGUUCUCGAUAUUGAUUUUUAA